AUGAAUUAAAGAUUUAAUUCUCACUUAGAUAUUUGCUAAUACUGUUAAAAUAAUAGUGUUGCCUCUAAUGUUAGAAUUUUUGAGCCUUAAAAGAAAAAAUUUAAUUAAUUAACUGAAGUCUGUGAUAAGCAAUCAAAUUCAUAAUUUUUACUUCAUUUAAGAGGAGGAGGAUGCGGAUAAGCUAAACCAAAAUAACAAAUUGAAGAAAAGACAAUUAUUGGUUUGCCUAAUGAUUUUUUGAUUAAGCUAGAAAAAUAUGUUAAUAUUAUCAAUACUAAAGCUUAACUUAUAACAGAUACUUCAUAAAGAAAUGAAGUAAUAAUAGCAUUUUAAUGGUGUAUGCAUAAUAGAGAGCAUUUCAAUACUUGUUGUGUAAACAAUAAUUUAACAUCAUCAAUAUAUACAAAAAUAUUGAAUUCAUUUAAGGAUUUGCUUAAAAUUCUUCCUGUUUAUUUAAGAACUUCAUGGUUUUUAUGCUAUUAAAUUCUAUAAAUAUGUAAUGACUUUUUGAGAAUUAUAUAUUCAUUCUAAAUACAAAAUAAGGAAAGAUUAUUGGAUUUAGAAUUGCAAUAAUAAUUCUUAGAAGAUUUAGAAGAAUUUAAGGUAUAAUUUGAAAUUGAAUAAACAAAUGUGUGGAAUACAGGUAUAGAAUAUGAAAUAACUCUUAUUAAAAUUAUGUUAAUGAAUUGUCAGACAAAUUCAGAAGAAGGAUAAAAUUUGUUAAUAGAUAUUGUAAAAAAUUUGGCUUAAUCAGCUUUAUAAUUAUCGCCAACUGAAGACCUAAUCCCAAGUCUUAUUGAAGGAGCUAAAUUUUUAUUUUUAUAAUACAAAGAUAAAAUAUUAUAUCCUGAAGAGGUAUAUGCUACAUAUUAUUUAUUCCAAACUCUUAAAUGGUCUAUUGUGGCUCAAAUAAAAUAAUAGAAUUCAAUCAAUAAUUAAGUUAAAAAACUAAAAGAUGCAUUUUUAUAAUAUAUUAUAAAUUCAGAUAAUUGGAUUAUUCAUUAUAGCUGGAUGUCAAUGAUUAUUGAUUUAAUAGCAUAUAGACCAAUUAUUGAGAAAUUUUAAAUUCUUAAUGGUACUCCAAUAUAAUAAUAAUCGCUUUGGAACAAUUUAAUUGAAAAUAACGUAAUUGUUAGUCUUACAUAUAAUAAAAAUUAAGCAUCUAUUAUAUUAUUUCAAAAUCAAGGAAAAUAUUUUAGUAAAGAAAUAUAGAGUAUUAUUAAAUAAUAAGGUAUUCCUAAAUUUAAGUUACUAUCAGAAUCUCUUUUAAAAGGCUAGUUUACUCAAUAAAGUAAUAUUUGGGAUUUCUAUAAAAAUUUUUCAUUUAAAAAAAAGCAAUAAACAAUUAUAAGGGAUUAUGAAAUUAUUUUAGAAAAUAAUGAUUUAUUAUUAUUAGAGUAAUAAAUUGAAAAAUUUAAUGCUUAAUUAGAUGAAUUAGUUCUAUUGUAUUAAUAAAUCUAAGAAUCAUUUACUGAUUAUUUUACUUAAUCCAAUAUUACAUAAUUCGAAAUUAAAUUAUUUUAAGAUGAUUACUCUGUUUUUGCAAAAUAAUUUUUAGAUGCUUAUAAAUAGGCAUUAUAUCGUCUCAAUUUUAUUAUAGAAAAAUCUACUAUUGAAUAUCAAAAAUUAAAAUUACUUUGUCCUUAUUUUCAAAAUAAUGAAAAUUUAUAAGCCAGUUUUAACAAUAUUUAGAAUUUGAUUAAUGUUAAAUUUUUAGCAUUAUAAAAAGAUUUUAUUUCAAAAUUUUUAAAAGUUAUAGAAUAUUUAAGUCAUCUAUCUGAAAUUAAUUUAAAUCCACAAUCUAAAAAUUUAACUGAUUUAGAGAAUGUAAAUAACAAAUUUUAAAUAUCAAAUCUUCAGAGCUCGUAUAAAAAUUUAGAAUAAUCAUCAAUAUAAUAAUAGAACGAUUAUUCAAUACUUUAAUAGUUCAUAAUAAAUAUGAAGGAAUUUUAAAAAGAGUUUUCUUUCUCAAUGUCAAGUAGUAAAACUAAUGAUAAUAUUAUUAAUAUUAGAUCUGAUACAAUAUAAGCUAUGUCAAAUACUAUUUGCUCAGGUAAAUGGAUCAAAAUAAUAAAGUAAUAACUUAGUAAUUGUUUUUCAGAUAGAUUUAUUUUAUGCCAAAAUGAUGUUAAAACAAUAUAAGAUAUUCAAAACAUCUACAUAAAUUGCAGUUUUAGCUUGUAAAUGUUGAAAUUAUUGAAAUAAUUCUAUUAAAUUCAUUAAUAUAAAAUUAAUACUUUUGAAAAAAAAAGUAAUUAGGAAAAGCUCUUAGCCAAUCAAGAAUAAGAAAAGUUUUAUCAAAAUUUAAAAUUAAUUAUAAUCAAGUAGUUAACAUAAUAAAAAGAUUAAAUCAGAUAAAUUGUAUAAUAAAAAGAUGUUGAUAAUGGUAGUAGUUUAAAUAAAGAAAAAAAAAAAUAACUUUUUUAAAAAAUCAAGUCUGAUUAUAUGAUAACAAAAAAUGAAAAUGAAAAUAUUGAAGGGAAAGAAAUUUAAGAAAUAAAAUCAUAGGCUAUCAAAUUUAUGCAAGAAUCUAGUUUAUUUAUUGCUUUAUAAAAUUAGAAUGAACAUUAUGACCUUGAUGGUUUUAAUAGUUUAAUAAAAAGAUAUGAAAGUAAGAUAACUGAAAUUAAAAAUCAGUAAGGGAAAUUUAAUAAUAGUCUACCUUAAGAGAAUAAAAGAACUUUUGAAAAUUGGAUAAGAGAGAACAAACAUUUAGAUUUCUGUCAUUUUUGUGUAGAUUAAGAUUUGAAAGAGUUAAAGAAUACAAAUAAAUUACUUAAAUUAUUUGAAUAAAUUAUAUUCUUCCAUAUAGAUUAAAUUUAAUAGAUUGAAAAUUAAGAUAUUUAAAAAAAUAUAGAUAACUUUAAUACAUAAAGAUAACAAAUAGAAAACAAAUUCAAUAUCUAAAACUAAAUUAAUAAAUUAAUCGAAAUUUUUAAAGGAAGUAAUUAACAUGAUGAUUGCAAAUGUAUCAUUUAGAUUGAACAAGAAAAUAAGUAAUAAAAUGAUUAAUAUUAUGAAUAAAUUGAUUCAACUUUACAAGAAACCUUAGAUUUCUUUAUAUUAAAAUAAAAUAGUUUAGAAACAAUAACUUAAAAUUUAGACCCAAUAUACUUAAUUGUAAUGAAUAAUCUAUGUGAACAAGUAGUUAUUAAAAAAUCAAUAUUUGAUGUAUUUGAUUUCAACAAUGAUUAUAAGAUUAGAGAAUGCUUAGUUUAUAACUUAAUAAAGCUUUAGUAAGGAAUCAAAGAAGAAUAAAUAAUAGAAUUUUCAUCAAAACUUAUUUAAUAUUUUUGGGUUUUUGAAAAAGAUUAAAGAGUUAGAAAUCUUUUAAAAAAUAAGGAAUUAAUUGAAAUGUAGAAACUUUUUUUUUCUUAAGAUAUCAAAACUAUGUCUGAAUCUAUUAAAUAAGAGAUGAGAUUUAGAAUUAAAAGUAUAGAAAAUAUUUCAUAAGAAUUAAGACUUGAGGGUAAUGCUUCAAUUAAAGAGCAACUUAAAUAAUAACUUAUAUUAGCAUAUGAAGAACUUGAAUAAUAUAAUGAUAAUAUUACUGAAAUGUCUGAAAAAAUGGAUAUAAGUUUAAUAUUUUUAAAAGAUAUAUCAAAAGAUGUAAAAUAAAUAAAAAAUUAAAUUGAUAAUUUAUAAGAAAGUUUAAAUUAAGUAGGUGAUGAUAUUCGUAAAUUAAGAGGAAAAAGAUAUGAUGAAUUAUUAGAAAUAAGAAAAUAAAAAAUAUUAUUAUAAUCUAAAUUAGCAGAAGUAGAUUCUGUUUAUGUUUAAUUAAAAACUAUAGAAUUUGAUCCUGUUAGUGGUUAAAGUAUAACAUCAAAAGAUGGUUCAAACAUAACUAAAUUAAUGAGUGAUUAAUGGGAUGAUUUUACAGGUGAAGUUAAUGAAUUUAUAUGGGAUGAAUCAAAAUCAAAUGAUGUAAUGUUACUUUCAGGAAAUGCUGGUUCUGGUAAAAGUAAAGCAGCAAGAAAAAUUGAAGAAUUUCUUUGGAAAUAAAAAGGUAUUCAAUCUAAAUGGAUUCCUAUCUUUGUAUCAUUACCAACUUUAAAAAAUCCUAAAUAUAAUUUAUUUGAAUAAGCUUUAGAAUCUGAAAAUUAUUAAUUUGAUAAAUAUUAACUUAGAGAAUUUAAAGAAGCUAUUUAAAAUAAAAAAGAAUUUAUUAUAUUAAUAUUAGAUAGUUAUGAUGAAAUGAAAUAAGAUUGUAUUUAAUAAAAUCUUAUUAUUACAAAUAAACUAAUUAAUGAUUUAAAUAUUGAUGACCGUUAAAAAUAAGUCAAGAUAAUAAUUACAACUAGAAGAGAAAUAUUAAACACUUUAGGAUAUUAAACUUGGUUUUAUGGAUAUAGUAUAAGAAGUUUAAAAGAAGUAUAAAUCUAAGAUUUCGAUAAAGAUUAAAAAAGUGAUUAUUUAAUUUAAUAUACUGAACUAAGUGUAAAGAGAAAAAUAAGAGUUGUUUAUGAUUUCUUGAAACAGAUUUCAUAAUUAAAUUUUAAUUUAGAUGAAUUUUUAGCUAUAUGGCAAUAAGUUAAUAUAUAAGUUUAACAAAGUAUCAAAAAUUCUCAUAAUACUUAAUUAGAAUAAAUUUUUGAAAAUUCUUAAAGGGAAGAAUUAAUCAAGAAAAUUUUAGAACAUUCUCCAUUUAAAUAAUUAAAGGUUGAAUAGAUUACAGGACUCAGAAAGGAUUUAUCAUCUUUGUGGAGUGUUUAUAAAUUUGAAAAGGCAAUAGAAAAUGUGGGUAUUUCUGACUUAUUGUCAACUCCUUUUAUGUUGGAAAUUAUUGUCUAAGUAUUACCUAGUAUGGCAAAACAAUAGUAAGGAUCUGGAGAUAUUAAAAAUAGAUUUGUUUAAAGCUAUCUUAGUUUAAUAAAUAAAUUUUGCUUAUCUAAAAAAUUAAUAGAAAAUUAUAAAAUUAAUUUAGAUUAAAAAGAAAAUAAAAAAGUAAUUUAACCAAUUCUUGAUAGUAAAAAAUCAAAAAUUAAGUAUGAUGAUUUUGUUGAUAAAUAUGAAUAAAAAACUAAAAGUGAUUAAAUAAUGGAUUUAUUGGAAAGUUUAAAGUUCUUUUCAACUUAUUCAAUAACUAGUAUUCUUAAAAUUGAUAACAAUAACUUAUUAGUUGAUAAUAAAUCUUUUACACUUUAUAAUCAAGAUAUAGAAUAUGUAGUUUAAGCUUUGAAGAUGAAAAAAUAUACUAUUUUUGAGUUCUAUGACAGUUUCAUUCAUUUUUAUCAUGAGUAAUAAAUUCAAAAAUUAAGAGAAACUGGUAAAAUUUCAAAUUGGGAAAGNUUAUUACAAAUAAACUAAUUAAUGAUUUAAAUAUUGAUGACCGUUAAAAAUAAGUCAAGAUAAUCAUUACAACUAGAAGAGAAAUAUUAAACACUUUGGGAUAUUAAACUUGGUUUUAUGGAUAGAGUUUAAGAAGUUUAAAAGAAGUAUAAAUCUAAGAUUUCGAUAAAAAUUAAAAAAGUGAUUAUUUAAUUUAAUAUACGGAACUCAGUGUAAAGAGAAAAAUAAGAGUUGUUUAUGAUUUCUUGAAACAGAUUUCAUAAUUAAAUUUUAAUUUAGAUGAAUUUUUAGCUAUAUGGCAAUAAGUUAAUAUAUAAGUUUAACAAAGUAUCAAAAAUUCUCAUAAUACUUAAUUAGAAUAAAUUUUUGAAAAUUCUUAAAGGGAAGAAUUAAUCAAGAAAAUUUUAGAACAUUCUCCAUUUAAAUAAUUAAAGGUUGAAUAGAUUACAGGACUCAGAAAGGAUUUAUCAUCUUUGUGGAGUGUUUAUAAAUUUGAAAAGGCAAUAGAAAAUGUGGGUAUUUCUGAUUUAUUGUCAACUCCUUUUAUGUUGGAAAUUAUUGUCUAAGUAUUACCUAGUAUGGCAAAACAAUAGUAAGGAUCUGGAGAUAUUAAAAAUAGAUUUGUUUAAAGCUAUCUUAGUUUAACAAAUAAAUUAUGCUUAUCUAAAAAAUUAAUAGAAAAUUAUAAAAUUAAUUUAGAUUAAAAAGAAAAUAAAAAAGUAAUUUAACCAAUUCUUGAUAGUAAAAAAUCAAAAAUUAAGUAUGAUGAUUUUGUUGAUAAAUAUGAAUAAAAAACUAAAAGUGAUUAAAUAAUGGAUUUAUUGGAAAGUUUAAAGUUCUUUUCAACUUAUUCAAUAACUAGUAUUCUUAAAAUUGAUAACAAUAACUUAUUAGUUGAUAAUAAAUCUUUUACACUUUAUAAUCAAGAUAUAGAAUAUGUAGUUUAAGCUUUGAAGAUGAAAAAAUAUACUAUUUUUGAGUUCUAUGACAGUUUCAUUCAUUUUUAUCAUGAGUAAUAAAUUCAAAAAUUAAGAGAAACUGGUAAAAUUUCAAAUUGGGAAAGUUUUUAGGUAGAUAUUUUAUAAUUUUCAUAAAAUUUAGCAAUAGAUAUGACAAUUAAUUAAUUAUCUUAAAUUACAUAUUAAUAAAAAGGUAAAUUGAAAUUAACAAAUAAUUAUAAUAAAUAUUAAGAUGAUAAUGUUUGGCUUGAUGAUUAUUUUAAUGAUUCAUAAUAGGAACUUGAUUAUAAUAAAUUAAUAAGAAGUUGUAUUCUAUUAAAUGCUAAAGGAAGUAACUAUUCAUUUACUCACAAAUCUAUUUAAGAAUUUUAUGUUGCUAAAUAUAUUUUAGAUUUAUUGCUUUAAUCAACCAUUUAAAUUUUGAAUGAAAAAAAUUAAGAAUAAAAACAUACCAAUAGAUUAAUGGAAUCAUUAUAUAACUAAUCUAAAUUAAAUAUAUCAAAAGAUCAUUAUAAAGGAGUGUUAAUAUUUAUAAAAGACAAAUUAAAUAGUUUAGAAAACAUAAAAGAAAAUCUUAUUAAUAUAGUUAAACUAUCAAGUGAUGAUAAGUUCAUAAAUGCUGCUUCAAAUAGUAUUUUUUUGUUAUCUUAAUUGGAUGCUUACUUAGGAUUUGAAGAUUUUUAAGGAAUUUAAUUAGUUGAUACAAAUAUUUCAGGUUUAAGUUUUUGUCAUUCAGAUUUAAGAAAUUCUAAAUUUACAAAAGUUAAUAUAAAUUCUUGUAAUUUUAAUUAUGCUGAUUUAACAGAUUGUUUAUGGGAAGUAUAAUGUAAAGAAAAACCAUUUUUAUAAAAAGAUAAAUAAAUAAAAGUAGUUGAAUUCUCUCCAAAUGGUAAAUUUAUUGCAUCAAAUGGAUAAGACAAUUUAGUAAUACUUUGGGAUUUUGAAAAUUAUAAAGAACUAGUAGCAUUGGAUGGUCAUUAAGAUGAAAUAUUAUCAGUUGCCUUUUCUUAUGAUUGUAAAACUUUAGCUUCUUCAAGUAAAGAUAAAACUAUAAAGUUAUGGGAUAUUUAAGAUCCAUAAUAAAAAUAAUUGAUAGUUUCUUUAAAUUAUCAUGACAAUCCAGUUACAGGAGUUAAAUAUGCUUUAGAUGGAAAAAAAAUAGUUUCAGCUGAUGAUGCAGGAUUUUUGAUGCAUUGCAAUUCUAAUGUUAAAGUACUUAAGUAAUUAUUAAUAGUAUCAUUUUUGAUAAAGAAAUUAAUAAAAUUUAACUUGAUAGUAAUGAAUAAAUUUUAACAUUAAGAUUUCCGCACUAUUAUCAAUAAGAUGUGAUUAUGGAUAUGAAUACAGUUUAAGAAGUUAUCAUUUCUGAAUCAGAAAAAUAAGAUAUAAUUUAUUAUGAGGGUUAUGCUUUUAAAUCAACUUAAGAUGAAAUUAUAAUAUACGAUGAUAAAGAAUAAAAUUUGGGUGAAUCCUACGAGAUUGAUUGUGAAUUCAAUAAAUCUAUUCAAUGUUUUUCAUUCUCAACUAAUUAUUAAGUAUUUGCUUGGUAUUAUAAUUAUUAUAAUUAAGAAGAAUUAAUUUUUUAUGAUUUUAAAGAAAAAAAACUAAUAGAUAAUAUUGAAAAUAAAGGAAGAGUUAAGAAAAUAGCCUCCUCCCCAUGCAAACCUGUACUAUCUGUAAUUUAUGAAGAUGGAAACUUAUAUUUUUGGAAUAUUAGUAAAUCUCCUUUUGAAUGUUAAAAGUUUAAUUAGGUUGAUGAGAAUGUUCAGAUAGAUUAAAUUGCAUAUUCACCUGAUGGUUCAUUAUUAAUUAUUUACACCAAAGAUAAUAUGCUCAGAAUUUUCGAUGAGAUAAAUGGAUCAGAAAUAAAGAAUAAAAACUUAGAAUUUUCCAUUAAUGGAGAUAUUUUAGUUUCAAAUGAUAAUGAGACUUUGGCUUUGAUACGAUCUUACUAUAAUCGUGAUAUCAUUCUAUGGAACUUUAUUUAGGAUAAGGAAAUAUUAAAAGUUGAAAAAUAUUAUAAUUAUCCUAUUAUUUAAUUUUGUCAAGAUGGAAUAUCUUUUGUACAUUUACAAGAUAAAAAUUUAAGAUUUUUGAAUAAAAAUACAGGAGAUUUAAUUAUUAGUUAUUAACUUCCUUAAGAUUCAUCUUAUGAUUGUAUUCGUUUCUUUAAGGAUGGUGAGCAAUUUGUGACUACUGGGACAUACAUUAGAAUUUGGAAAUAUUCUGAAAAUAAAAUAGAAAUGAUUAGUGCUUAUAAACCUGAUGGUAGAGUUACAGAAUUAUUAUUAACUGAUAAUGACUAAAAUCUAGUAUGUAUUGUGGAUGGACAUUUAAAAAUUAUCCCUCUGUAGAUAUGCAAUUUAAAAUAAAUAAUCCCUACUUCAAAUAGAAUUGACAAAUUUUUAACAAAUGGAUAUCUAGUUACCAAUGAUAAUCAUAGCGUUGAAGUUUAUGAUUGGAAAAAUGCUUAGUCAAUAAUUAAAUUGAAUACUGAAAUUAAUAAUGUAUAUUUCUUUUAAGAUGGUUAAUAUUGCUUAAUGAUGAAAAAUUAAAGAAUUAUGAAAAUAAGAAUUGAUUCUCAAGAUGAAAUAUUUUCUUUAAACAUUUGUGAAUAGAUUUAGAAUGCAAAACUCAUAAAAAAUGAAUAGAUUCUAAUUAUCGAAUGUAAAAAUACAUUAAAAUUAUUCAAUCUGGAAGAUUCUUCCAAUAUCUAUGAAAUUCAAACUUAUGUAAAUAAUAAUUUAGAUUAUUUCUAUUGGUCAAUUAAUAAUGAUUAUAUUUGUUACAGACCUAAUGCUAAUUUUGUAAUUAGAGAAAUAAAAACAAAAUAAAAAAAUAAAUUUAUAUCUCUAGAAAAUAAAGUGCUUCAAAUAAAUUCCUUUGAUUCUAAAGAUCAAAUAUUUUUAGAAGAUAAGAGCGGCCAAGGUAUCCUAAAUCUUGUUUCUUAACAGUUUAAUUUAUUUAAAAAAUAAUUUAAAUAAUCAACAAAUUCUUAAAAUGAAUAAAAUAUUUUUUGUGAAGGAAUAGGUUGCUAUGCACAAUUAUUUGAAGUUGCACAUGAUAUAUACUUGAUUACUUUUAAUGAUAAUCAGAUAUUGCCACAAUAAAUAAAAAAAAAUGGUUAAUUUUUAUAUACUUAUUUAAAUUACAAUUAAGUCACUAUAUUGUCUAUAGAUGAAUAAAAAUAACUAAAAAUUUAAUGUUCCUUAUAUUUUAAGCCAGAAAUUAAGAAGUUGUCAGUAACUCCUUCUUUCGAUUAUAUAACUGUCUUAUAUUAAAAUAAAGUAAAAUUAAUAAAUUUAGAUUGGUUGUUAUAAGUCGAAAUGGUAAGUAUUUAUGAAUUGAAGGAUGAUGUUAAAGAUAUAAGUUCUUUUAUAAUAUCUUAAGAUAAUACAAAAAUUAUUACAGGAUCUAAAGCUAUUAGGGUCUAUAGAUUGGAUUUAAAAAAAGAGAAAGAUUAUUACAACAAUUUGUACAAGUAAAUAAAUUGUUUUGUUGAAAUUGAUUAAAACACUAUUUGUAUUGGUGAAGACAAAAAUAUAUAACUGGUGAGAAUUGAUAAUUAUUUAAAUGACAUUAUUUUAGGAGAACAUGAAAAUGCUAUUACAUGUUUGAGUUACUGUUAAAGAACAUAAUUAUUAGCAUCAGGUAGUAAAGACUAAAAGAUAUUUUUGUGGAAUGUGGAUGCUAGAAAGAAAAUAGCAGUAUUUGAAGGUCAUACAUAGUGUGUUAAUAAAUUAUCUUUUUCACCUGAUGGAAAAUGUUUGGCUUCUGCAAGUGAUGACAAAUAAAUUAAAUUAUGGAAUAUUGAAUUAAGUGAAUAAUCAAAAAUAUCAAAAGGACAUUACAAACGUGUAAAUUAAGUUACUUUCUCAAAAGAUGGUCUUAUUCUAGCAUCAUGUAGUGAUGAUUAUUAAAUUAUUUUAUGGGAUUUAAUAGAAAAAAACUUUAUCAUUAUGUUAGAAGAACAUACUUCAUACGUAAUAUGUUUGGAGUUCUCUUUUUGUUCAAAAUGGUUGGCAUCAGGAAGUUAUGAUGGAUCGAUUUGUUUAUGGGAUGUUAAAUUUCCACAUGAGACAACAUUAUUCUAUAAAAUAUAAGAGAUUUAAUUGUAUCCAGAUUACUUAUGUUUUACUCCAUCAGGAUGUUUUGCUACUCUUUCUAAUGAUGAUGAUUAACAAAAUAAUAAUGACUAAAAACGAAUUACUUAUAAAAUUUAAAUUUGGAGUUUUAAUCAAAUUUGUAAAAAAAAUGAUAAAAUAUUUGAAAUUUGUAACAAAUCUUAGAAUCCUUUUUGUAUAACAGAUGAUAAUAUUGCAUUUUAUGAUAAAUUGGUUAAAGUCUAUGAUAUAUCAACAAACACAACUGAAAAUCUUGAAGGACAUUUAAAUGAUGUGAAAAUGAUUAAACUUUGGGAUUCUAAUAGGAAAUUAUUAUCAGUAGAUGAUAAUAAUAUUAUGAUUUAUUGGGAAAAAAUAAAAAAAACUUGGAAGAAGUAAUAAUAAACUGUAUUAGAACCAAAUAUUACUCAAAUUGAUAUUAUUAGAUAUGAUAAUCAAGAUUUCAUAGUAACAAACAAUGAAAAUUCAAUAAUUAUAUCAAAUCUUAAUUAAAUGAAAUAGUAAAAACUAUUUGAUUUUGAAUUUAACCAUUCAAUUUCGGAUUUUUGUUUAUCAAAGAGUUAAAAUUUCUUUAUAUUUUAAAAUUAAGAUAAAGAAAUAAUAUUUUUAGAUUGUGUUUCUGGACAAAGUAAAAAUACAUUGAUUAAUUGUUACAAUACACGAUAGGUUAAAGUAUCAAAUGAUGAUAGAUUUAUAGCUAUUAAUGAUUAUUCUUAAAUUAAGAUCUAUGAAAUCUAUGAAAAGUAAGAGUAAGCGGUAAUUGAUUAAGAAGAAAAUGUAGACAUUUUAGAUUUUAGCUGGGAUGAUUCAAAUAUAUUAUAUAUAGCAUCAGAAAAAAAAAUAAUUAAAAAGUGUAACAUUAAAAAUAGAUCUAAAGAAAUAAUUUUUGAAUUGGAGAAUUCUUAUCAUUAUAUCUUUUCAUCUAGACAAUGCAAUUAUUUAAUUUAUAAGGAUUAUUAUAAGCCUUUUACUGUAAUAAAUUUAAGUACUACAUAAGAGUAUUAACCUCCUAUAGAAGGUAAGUAAGUACUUGCGACCUUUUCUUAUGAUGAAAAUUUAGUUGCUAUAUCUACAUCAGAUUUUAAAAUCUAUUUAUGGAAUUAUGAAAAAUAAAUUAUUACAGAAAAAAAAUUGAUUUAUAAACAAAAAACUCAAAAUUUAACUUUUACAGAUAAUGACAAUGAGUUGAUUUGUUGUUUAGAAAGAUCAAUUUGUUUAUUUGAGAUUUAAGAAGAUCUUUAAUUAAUAUUAAAAUAUAUUUGGCAAAUAGAUUUUUAUAAUAAUUACACUUACAGUCUUAAGCAUAAAUCAGUUUUCAUUAUUUAAUCAAUUGAUUAUUCUGCAAUCGCAAAAAUUAGAUUUGUGAAUUUUGCAUAAACUAAAAUAUUAAUUGAUGAAGAGCAUAAUCCCAUUAAUUUUCACUCCUCUUACUAUGGAGAUUAUAUAGCAUCAAUAAGUUAAUAAAGUUUAAUCAUUUGGGACUUUAAAAACGAAAAGUAAAUAUUAAAUACUACUUAAUGGUGUGGUAAAUAAGUUAUGCUCAUAGAAUUAAAGACAGUAAUAAUUGGAGGGUAUAAAGAAAUCAAGAUUUUAGAUAUUUCAAAACUUGACAAUAUUUAAGAAAUUAAAAAAAUUACUUUUGAGUAAUAAAUCAGAAGUCUUUCAUUUUCUUUAAAAUAGUAAUAUUUUGUUUGUGCAUUUGAGAAAAAAAUAAAAGUAUGGAGAAUUUUUAAUGAUAGAUAAUGUUAAUAAAUAGCUAUAUAUGAUACAAAAUAUACUGGAUAUACGGAUCCUGUUAUUUCAGAUUCUGGUGAUAUUUUAGUUUACUAAGAAGAAGAAAAUUUGAAGGUAAUUAGGAUAAAGUAAUUAAAUUCUAUAGAAAUAAUCUUAAAAACAGUGAAUGGUCUUUAAUAUUCCUCAGAUUAUUAAUAUUUGAUAACAUUAAUAGAUGGAUGUCCAUAAUUAUUUACUUCAAAUUUAGAACUAGUAGAAAAUUAAUUAGAAAGCUCAUUAUAAGAUAUAAAAGGAGAUUUUAUAAAAUUAACUUCUGUAGAUUAAUUAUUUGCAAUCGCAAAUAAUUCUUGCAUAUGGUUAGUUAAAAUUGUAGAUAAAAAUAAAUUAACAUUGAUUAGGAAGAUUAUGUUAGAAGUAAAAGAUGAUAUUUUUGUUUCUUUUGGAAUUAACCCUUUAGGAACUCGGUUAAUUUUUGGCAACGAAUUUGGAUCAAUUUACUUUUGGGAUUUAACUAAUUCUAACAAUGUGAAUAACCCUAAACCAAAUUAAAUUAUAAAAAAUUAAAAUGAUGCAAUUAUCUAUAUAGCAUUCAGCCCAAAUGGAACUGACUUUUCAGCAGCAGUUUAUGAUGGAUCUAUAAAUUUAUAUUCAGUGGAAUAAAUAAAUAAUGUUUAAAAUAUAAAAUAAAAUGAUGAUAAUUAAGAAUAGAAUUAAAUAUAAGUAAUUGAAAAUUUGAAUGAAGAAUUCAAAUUAAUUUGUUAUAAAUCAUUUUCCAGAUAAUCUUUAUUAUUAGCCAAUAAAUGCAAAAUAAAAAAUUCAUAAAUCAAAUAAAACGAAAAAUCAAUUCUGUAAUUAUUCAAAUAAAAAGGAGCAGAUGAAUGA